AUGGCCACCAUCAAGCCCAUCGAGGGCAGAUCUGUCCACCAGAUUCAGUCCGGCCAAGUCAUCGUCGACCUAUGCUCGGUUGUCAAAGAGCUCAUCGAAAAUAGUCUCGAUGCAGGGGCUACCUCCAUAGACAUACGAUUCAAGAAUCAAGGCUUGGAUGCCAUUGAAGUUCAAGAUAAUGGUGGUGGUAUAGCGCCGGAAGAUUUCGAAUCCGUCGCUCUGAAGCAUCAUACUUCUAAACUUAACUCAUACGAUGAUCUAUCUGGCCUGACCACCUUUGGGUUUCGUGGCGAAGCUCUCUCAUCAUUGUGCGCACUCGCUGAGUUCCACGUCGUAACCGCAAGAGCGAGCGAUGGCCCGAAAGGAACCAGGCUGGACUUCGAGGUCUCUGGGAAAUUGAAGAACACAUCGAUAGUGGCGAGUACGAAAGGCACGAUCGUUUCUGUGGCGAACAUAUUUUAUAACUUGCCGGUAAGGAAGAGAGAACUGGAAAAACACAUCAAGAGAGAAUACGGAAAGGUUCUUGGAGUACUGCAUGCGUAUGCCUGCAUCAGCACUGGAGUCAAGUUCUCUGUGAGCAAUCAAAUGCCCAAAGGCAAGAAGACUACUGUGUUCUCCACCAAGGCCAAUCCGACUUCGAAGGAGAACAUUGCAAAUGUCUAUGGUGCAAAGACCUUGCUUGCACUCAUCCCUUUGGACUUGAAGCUGGAAAUGCAACCAGGCCAAGGACCGACGCAGAGCGCUCGAAAUUGGGGAACACAGGUAGAUGAUCCUUCGAGACGGGUUCAAGUCGUAGGCCAUAUCUCACGACCGGUCGUAGGGGAAGGCCGACAGACGCCUGAUCGGCAAAUGUUUUUUGUCAAUUCAAGACCAUGUGGCUUGCCCCAGGUCACCAAGGCUGCCAACGAGGUGUACAAGUCAUAUAAUGUUACUCAAUCUCCAUUCAUUUUUGCGAAUUUUAUCAUGGAUACGAACGCCUACGAUGUCAAUGUUUCGCCGGAUAAACGAACUAUCAUGCUACACGACCAAACAUUAUUAUUGGAGUCUCUGAAGGCCUCCCUUGUCGAAUUAUUCGAAUCUCAUGAUCAGAGUGUUCCGCAGUCGCAAUUACUGUCUGCAAGGAAGCUUCCUCCGUUCAGGCCACUUUCUGUAAUACCCAGAGAUUCAACGGAAAAUUAUGACAUCGACUCUCCUGUUGAGAACAUACGUGAUGGCCUGGAGAGGGCAGACAGAGAUGUUUCAGGCACGACUAAAGAAAUCCUCCAAGAGAACUCCUCACCAGGAAUUGAACAACCCAUAAAUGCUGCAAGUCUCAUUCACAAAUUCGUGGGCAGAAACUCCGAAACUCGAAAUAAGAUAGGGAAUCCCAUACCAGAACAGAAUACCAUUUUAAGUGAAACCGAACGGCUAACCAAAUCAUGGUCAGCUGGCAGAAGCCAUGAAGUAGGGAGACCGCAGCAGCCUCUAUCAAGCUCUGAUAAUUUACCUUCAACUAAUGAUAACGAUGCGACGCCGGAAAGUGCUCCUCGUCGUGUAUUGGAUUUCAAUGCUCGUAUUGCUAGCCAGCAUGCCAAGCAGAUGAUGGAAUUACCAAAGUCCCCUUCUUCUCCGCCGUCUUCUGACGAGGAAGAUAUCCCGGCAAUCAAGCAAAGACCUACCUUGUCCACUCCCGGACCUGUACAAUCUGCUUUCGACCGCAUGCGACCUAAACGCACUCCAAUGGAAACAGCUACAAUUACUAUCGGGGGCGAAACGAUAGAGACAACAGUGGGCAGUGCUCCAUACAAGCGACGAAGGAUACACACUCCGAAGGGACAGCCGGGCAGUCGCGAUACUAGAAGUCCUCUUCUGUUCAAGAGCUUGCGCGAAUUCGCCGCUCCUGGGGCCAGGUUUCCCAACUCACAGGAUUAUGAUGACGAAGAAGUCCACAAUGUCGCAAGUGACACAGAAGAUGAUACUGAUCUUGACCACUCUCGGUUGACUGUGGCAAGCAAAGAUUCCUUACUUGCUUCUACUGCUAGGCUUCACGAAGACACACAAGUUAGCGAUGAUGAGGUCGACCCUCAGCCUGGCAGCGAAUCUGAAGUGAACGAAGCACCGAAUCCAAACAACGACUCUGAUGACGAAUACAUUGACGAAAGUGAGAAGAAGGCGAGAGAAGAAGCUAGGGUUGCCUCAUUGAUUGCCAAAGCAGAACAAGCCAUGGCGAAACCAACACAGGAUAAUCUGAAGCGAGCCACGAAAGUGCUGAAAGGACCAACGAAGAAAUUCUCCACACUUGGCCUCGUCCAGACGAUACCGAUAGACUUUUCAAACCUACAACACGUGCUGCUCCAGAUUGAGACCACGCAGCAAGACCUAAUGAAGCAGGCUCUCACCAGAGAGCCCAGCGGAGAAGGCCUUUUCGUCGACAGCGACGCAGAAGAGAAACUAUCCCUUACAGUCUCGAAGUCCGACUUCCAUCGAAUGCGCAUACUAGGCCAGUUCAACCUAGGCUUCAUCCUUGCUAUGCGUCCUGGCGGCAACACUCUCGCCGACGAGCUCUUCAUCAUCGACCAACACGCGUCCGAUGAGAAAUAUAACUUUGAGCGUUUGCAACAGGCCACCAUACUCACGCCGCAACGUCUCGUCCAUCCGCAUCCCCUAUGCCUCACUGCUAUUGAGGAAGAGAUUAUCGACAAUAACACCCAAGCACUCGUCGCCAACGGAUUCCAGAUAUCCAUCGACACCUCUGGUACCUUGCCCGUUGGUCGCCGCUGCUCCCUCCUAACACUUCCCACGAGUCGUGAGGUAACCUUCACCCCGGCCGACCUCGAGGAGUUACUGGUUCUGCUGAGCGAGAGGGUCGGAAAUGAGAUACCCCGCCCGGCAAAGGUGCGUCGCUUGCUCGCCAUGCGCGCAUGCCGAAGCAGUGUAAUGGUUGGCAAGACAAUGACACCGAGCCAGAUGGAGAGGAUUGUAAGGCACAUGGGCGAGCUUGAGAAACCAUGGAAUUGCCCGCACGGGAGGCCAACGAUGAGACAUUUGUACGGCAUGGCAAGAUGGGAAGCGUGGAAAGAAGGUGAUGGCCUUGUCGGGCUGGGUAAAGAGAGGAUGGAGACGAAUUGGAAGGCGUUCAUGGAGGGCUGA